AUGGAGAUUGCAAGGACUAAGCAGGAUGUGUCCAGCAGUAGCCACAGCUCAAAGCACUUCCCUACUGAAAUCCUCCUCAACAUCCUUUCUCGAGUGCCAGCAAAAUCUCUUUUUCGCUUUCGAUGCGUCUCUAAGCUUUUCUGUAAGCUAAUUAACGACUCCUCUCUAGCUGCAAUGCAUCUUCAUCACACCGAUAUGAUUGAGGAGCCAUCUCUAGUCAUGGUUCAUUCUAGGUCUGCAUCCAAAUAUUCCACAUUAAUGAUGGUUCCCAUAAUUGUUUCCCCGUAUUCCGAAUUAUCCUUUUAUGAUGGUAGUUUCUCUUCGGGGCUUUUGUCCAUUGAAACUAAAUAUGAGCUAGAGUUUGCUUCCGGUGGCUUGCUUUGCUUUAAGGACUCUAGUAAAUCAAGAGGUCCUGCCCUAUUGUGCGAUCCACUUAGGGGAGAAGCUAUAGAACUCCCACUCCCACAUUGUAAUGUCAAUGCAUUGUACCGCUGGGAAGAGUGGUACGGUUUAGGGGUGGAUGCCACUACCAGCAUCUACCGGAUUGUUAAUGUUGUUUUCAGGAUUGAUCCUCGUUCAUAUGUUGUCCAUGUUCAUGUCUUGGGAACAAGCACUUGGAAACAGAUAUCCGCAGUUCCACCUUGUGGUCUAAGUAAGCAGAACGCAUUUGCACAUGGAAACACAUAUUGGUUGAUUGGAGAACGUAUACUAUCUUUCGACUUCAAUGAAGAGAAGUUCAUAUGGAUCCCUCAACCCAACUUACCCUCUAAUAGGGUUCUUCACUUGUUUAAUUUGAAAGGAUCUCUAGCCAUUGUCGAUGCUACUUCAGUAUUAGUUACCGAAGUUGUGGUAUGGGUAUUGAAAAGUGAUGAUACGAAAGAAUUUUGGGUAAAGGACUACAACAUAAAACUCAAUGCUGGUCCAUGUCAUUGUAAUGAAUGGUGGCCUCUCAAUUGUUUUGUUCUUGUUGAUGAUUCCAGUAGUAGAAAAUGCAUUGUGGGUGUGCUCCAUUACAAUCUACGGUGGGGUUCUAGGAAACGCUUUCGUUAUGGGAAUGGAAGAGUUGAAGGGAAUUUCGUCCCCAAGAUCUUCAGUUAUACCGGAAGCCUGGUUUCUCUUAAAGAUUAUGGCAAGUUAUUGGUAGAAGGAUCCAAGGCAGAUCAAUCAAAAGCUUGGUUAUCCGGGAAUGCCAUCAGUUAG